AUGAACCAGACGGCGAAUGGCAGCCAGGCCCUGGGCCCCGAGACGGACGUGCUCAACGGGGCCCUGGUGGGACUCCGGGCCCUGAUCACUAGCGUCUGCGUCCUGGGCAUCGCUGGCAACGGCGUGGUGGCCUGGCUGCUGGGCGCCCGCAUGCCUAGGGCCCCCUACUGCGUUUACGUCCUGCACCUGGCCCUGGCCGACCUGCUCUUUCUGCUGUGCAUGGUGGCCGUGCUGCAGCUGGACCCGAAGUCGCUGGCCUACGAGGCAGUGAAGCGAGUGAAGAGCACGGCGGACACGGCCAGCCUCGGCCUGCUGACGGCCAUCAGCGUCCAGCGCUGCCUGUCCGUGCUCUUCCCCGUGUGGUACAAGAGCACCCGGCCACGCCACCUGUCCAGCACGGUGUGUGCACUGCUCUGGGCCCUGGCCAGCCUGGCCAACGCGCUGCUGGCCGCCCUCUGCGUCCAGUACCCGAGUCCCCACGCGCCGCUCCCCGGGGAAAAGUGUUUCCUCCUGGACUUUGCCUUCCGGUUGCUUACCCUGGGCAUCUCCACGCCCCUCAUGGUGCUGGCCAGCCUCAUCCUCUUCCUCCACGUGCAGAAAGUGUCCCGGCGGCGGGCCCGGAGCCGACAGCCCACGCGGCUGUACUUGGUCAUCCUGGCGUCCGUGCUGGCCUUCCUGGCCUGCACCCUACCCCUGGGCAUCUACUGGCUCCUCAUCUACCUGCUGGGUCUGUCGGAGCAGGCGAACGCCCUGAUCCGACACCUGGGCCGCCUGUCCUCCUCUGCCAGCUGCAGCGUCCACCCACUCAUCUAUUUCCUGGUGGGCCACUGGAGGGGCCAGGGCAGGGGCCGGGCCCGACGAGAGCCUCUGAGCUCAGUGCUCCAGCGGGUAUUGCGGGAGGAGCCGGAGCUGAGGCCCGAGGAGCCGCCCUCCACUGGCACCGCCUCCUCGGAGGGGCCCUGA